AUGGCAGAAGUUGAUCAAUUUGAUAGCGCGCUCGAUCUCCUCCGUCGUCUCAACCCCAAACACACCACCGCCCAUCUAAACUCCCUCAUCGAUCUCGUCCCCUCCCUCACCGAAGAUCUCCUCAGCUCCGUCGACCAACCUCUUACUAUUUCCCGCUGUCGCAAAACUGGUCGCGAUUACCUGCUCUGCGAUUAUAACCGUGAUGGUGAUAGCUAUCGUUCGCCAUGGAGUGGUGAAUUUGAGACGCCGGUAGGUGGGACGACGCCCGGCGGUAUUGAUGAUCAGGGAAAUAAUGAUGGGGCGGGUGAAGGUGCAGUGCCGAGUGAGAGGGUUAGGAAAAUGGAGGUUAGAGCGAAUGAGGCUUUUGAUGUUUAUCGGGAGUUGUACUAUGAGGGGGGUGUUAGUAGUGUUUAUUUUUGGAAUUUGGAUGAUGGAUUUGCGGGGGUGGUGCUUUUGAAGAAAGUGUCACCUACAUCAUCCGGCUCCGCAGGUUCUUGGGACAGCAUUCAUGUAUUCGAAGCAGUUGACCGUGCGCGUACCGCCCAUUAUAAACUCACAUCUACUGUUAUCCUCUCUCUCUCUACCAGUGGCAACGAGCUCGGCGAAAUGGAUCUCAGCGGAAACAUGACACGACAAAUCGAAGCUGAUUUACCGAUUCAAGACGAUGCGGAUCAUAUAGCUAAUAUUGGAAGACUUGUUGAGGAUAUGGAGUUGAAAAUGAGGAAUUUGUUGCAGGAGGUUUAUUUUGGGAAGGCAAAGGAUGUGGUUGGGGAUUUAAGGAGUUUGGGGAGUUUAAGUGAGGGGGCUAAGGAGAGGAAGGUUAGGGGGGAAAUGUUGGAUGCUAUGAAGAGGUAA